AUGGUAACCGCUGAUUUCCAUAGCAAUAACAAUACAACAACUAAAAGAAAUAAAUACUAUGAAAUGCUAAAUAUAAAAACUGGAAAUAAUUAUCCGACUUUAACUCAAGUGGUAGAGUGUUUGACUGUACUUUCAGGUGGUCAAAGAUUCGAUUGGACUAUGGAAGAUGCAUAUCUGUUGUUAAACUGCGGUUACUCUUUCUCUCUAUCUCAUAUUCCUUUCCAUUCUCUUUCAUUGAAAGCGAUUCCCUUUCCUCACUCAAACAAAAUUGUUCUCUGCUCCAGCGGUAUGGGUACAGGUGUAGCAAUCAUCAAACCCAAAGGCGCUGACCUAGAUUACAAAGAAAUCUUUUCAGAUCCAGGAGGUCGUAUUCUCUUUGUUACAAUCAACCACUCACACUACUCAUUCAAUGUUCUUGGAAUCUAUGCUCCUGCAGACCGUAAGCGGAGAAAUGGAUUCUCUAGACAACUCUCUCUAUAUCUCAGCUCGAAACCAACACCAUCGAUCUGA